AGCAAAACGCAGAUUGCGCUUGAGUAUGCCUACCGCCGGAGCCGUGACCCCGCCUGCUCUGUGUUCUGGGUCCACGCCGACAACGAGACGACAUUUACGCAGGACUACAAGGUAAUUGCGAAGAGGCUGGGCCUGGCGGAUGGUUUGGGUGGUCCAGAGCUGUUAAUGGCCGUGCGUAAGCAGAUCGAGGCGAGCCCGUGCUGGCUGCUUAUUCUCGAUAACGCCGACAACCUCGCUGUGUUUGGGGUGGGCCGGACACAAUCAGGCAGAGACCAAGGUCAGGACACAGAAGAGAAGCAAAGUCUGUAUGAUUUCGUGCCCCGGGGCCCCGCAGGGACGGUGCUGUGGACAAGUCGUGAUAAGCGGAUUAGCGGUAGCCUUGUGGGUGGCCGACGAGCGAUUAAUGUCGCUAGCAUGACGGAGGGAGAGGCGAAAAUAUUGCUCGAAACGGUCAUGUGUAGAGAGAUUGCCGAGGAGGAGUCCCACAACGCUACGGCGCUACUUGCCGAGCUCGACUUGCUCCCGCUCGCGGUAUCACAGGCGGCAGCAUAUAUGGGAAGGACAGCCACCCCAAUCGGCGAGUAUUUAUCAAAGCUAAAGAAACGUAUAAAGAGAUGGCAAGUGCUCAGCGAGACGGAGUUCGACCGACACCGCAGAGCGGAUGUGUCGAACAGCGUCAUGCAGACGUGGGGUAUCUCAAUCGAGCACAUCCGACAGGAGAACCAGAUGGCCUACAAUAUCCUCCACUCGCUUGCAUUUGUAGACAACCAAAACAUCCCGUUGGAGUUGGUGGCGAAGGCAGCCGAGAUGAUAGCAAGACCGACCAGAUAUGAAAAAACCGCAAGCGCGAAGUCUGUAUGCAUCAAGGACCAGGACGAGCACCAAGACGAGCACCAGGACGAUGACGACAAAGUCCUAGCAGCAGUGGUUCUUCUACAACACUUUUCGUUCCUAAGUCCGCGCACGUCCGGCGAACGGUACGGGGCCUACGAGAUGCACAAACUCGUGCAGGAGGCUACACAGUAUAGCUUAAGCCAAGAGGAUCGGCGGACGGACCAAUGGCAUUUUUCGGAGGUAGCUCUUCGUGCUGCCACAUCUUUAUUUCCGGAGGGGCGACGAGAAUUAUGGGGAGAGUGCGAGAGAUACCUCAGACAUGCGCAGCUUGCGGCCGGAUGGGCCGGGUUAUGUAGGGGUGGGGUAGAGGCAGCGGCGCUGUUGACUCGAGUGUCGGACUAUCUAUAUGACCGUGGGAGGUGGAGAGAGCGGGAGCCUGUGGACCUAAAAGCCUAUGAGUAUCGAAGGGAACUUCUCGGCGACAAGCAUCCUGACACGAUCUGGAGUAUAGCGUCGCUAGCCACCACAUACCAUGCUCAGGGGAGGUAUGAGGAAGCGGAGAAGAAUUACAUGGAAGUGCUGGCACUACAGCGUGACGUUCUCGGCGACAAGCAUCCUGACACGAUCACGAGUAUGGCGUCGCUAGCCACCACAUACCAUGCUCAGGGGAGGUAUGAGGAAGCGGAGAAGAAUUACAUGGAAGUGCUGGCACUACAGCGUGACGUUCUCGGCGACAAGCAUCCUGACACGAUCACGAGUAUGGCGAAUCUGGCCGCCACAUACCAUGCUCAGGGGAGGUAUGAGGAGGCGGAGAAGAUCAAAGUGGAAGUGCUGGCACUACGGCGCGACGUUCUCGGCGACAAGCAUCCUGACACGAUCUGGAGUAUGGCGUCGCUAGCCGCCACAUACCAUGCUCAGGGGAGGUAUGAGGAAGCGGAGAAGAUCUAA